GCCUCCUCCUUGUUCUUCACCUAUAAUUCACUCCUCCCAACCUUCCUCCCAACCUUCCUCUCUCUCUCUCUUCAAGCCUCAGUCCUCCCUCUGUGUCCUCCUUCGCACGGCUCUCUGUUCGCUCCUGCGGAUCUGGUCUUUGCUUCCAAUCGAAUCCUGGUCCCUUGAGCUAUUCACAGUCUCUCCGGGUUCUUGGGCUUGCUCUUCUCGGGGAUCCGAUCGGUUCGACGAUCGCUGAUCUCUGUUGGGUUUCUCGCGUGGCUUCUGUUCUGGGUGUCCUUCUUUCCGCUUCAUCCGGGCGCUGGGGAACGACAUUCGUCGACCCUGAAUAGUAAUUGGUAGAAAGAGAAUCCGAGAGUGCACAGUAAACUGAAAUAGAGUGGGAGAAAUUUCGAAACUUGGCGCGUGGGUUGUUCUGCUUUCGAGCCUCUCUUGAUUGAGGACUUGAGAGAAAGGCGAGGAAAGUGACCUUUGUUUUUUUUUUUUUUCCGUUUAUUUUCUUGUUCUUUGAUUUUCUUGCCUGGGGGGAGGAAAAUGUUGAGAACUGGAUUGCCAUUCGGGAGAGUUCGCGGCGAGGACCGGUUUUACGUCCCCGUGAAGGCGAGGAAGAACCAGAAUCAGAUGCAGAGACAAUCGGCCGUCUGGAGUAGGAAUGAUGAGAGUGAAAGUAGGAAUGAUGAUAGUGAAAGCCCUGAUUCGAAGAGGAAGCCUUUAGCUUCUGAGAAUGGGGAUUCUGUGGAGGCGGCGAAUGCGGUGGAUAAGAGCUCGGUGGUCUCUCGCAGUAAUCUCGACAGAUUCUUGGACUCAACCACUCCUUCAGUCCAAGCUCAGUAUUUCCCCAAGACGAUAAUGAGGGGGUGGAGGACUUGUGAUGACGAGUUCCAGCCUUACUUCACUUUGGGUGAUCUGUGGAAUUCAUUCAAGGAAUGGAGUGCGUAUGGCGCAGGAGUGCCUUUGCUAUUAGAUGGCAGAGAUUCUGUUGUUCAAUACUAUGUCCCAUACUUAUCGGGCAUUCAACUGUAUGGUCCAUCUACAAAUCCAAAUGCUAAGUCGAGGUCAGCUGGUGAGGACAGUGAUGGUGAUUACUACAGGGACUCGAGUAGUAGUGAUGGAAGCAGUUCAGGAAUGGAAGGCUUUUCUAGUGAUGAUGGUGACACUGGCAACUCUAGAGGUUGCCUGCUGUUUGAAUAUUUGGAGCGAGAUCCUCCUUAUAGGCGUGAACCAUUGGCAGACAAGGUGAUGGAUCUUGCACGUCAAUUUCCAGAUCUGAAGACUUUCAGAAGCUGUGAUUUGCUGCCAUCAAGUUGGAUCUCUGUAGCAUGGUACCCAAUAUAUCGGAUACCGACUGGUCCAACACUCAAAGAUUUGGAUGCUUGCUUUCUUACUUAUCACUCCCUUUCGACCACCCCUAUUGAAGGUAGUGGAGGUACCCGUUCUCCAGUUGUUGUCUAUCCCAAUGAAACGGAUGGUGUCCCAAAGAUACGCUUAACAGUUUUCGGGAUGGCUUCGUACAAGUUUAAACGGUCCAUGUGGACACAAAACGGGGUCAGUGAGAGUCUAAUGGCGAAUUCCCUCACGCCGGCUGCAGAAGAUUGGCUGAGACACCGUGGGGUGAAUCACCCGGACUUCCAGUUCUUUGCUUCCCAUGGCAUGUAUGCCAGGUGAUGAUACAAGGGCAGUCUCAUCGUUUUAAU